UUCUAUUCGGACUCAACGUGACUCCGAUUUUUUGCGGCAAGGCUUAAUUCCACAGUUGAUUUGACAGCUUGUUGUCCAUUUGUUGAUGCUUACUCAAUAUUUGCUGCACUGAAGUCAUUACCCGAUCUCGAACAAACAAAUCAAGGGGACCACAAGGCAAAGUCUCAGCGGACCAUAUCCCUGACACUGACAGAACUAGAAACAGACCAUGUCCACACUGCUGACAGACGACUGGGCCUGGGGCCAGUGCCAUAUGCCUUCCCUCAAGAGAGUAGCCUGUGACAUGGCAACAGUUGUCAUGUCAACACCAAUUGGUCAUGUGACAGUGACUGGAUGUGAUGUUGGUGUGCACAAGAUUAGUUUGACAGCUGCAAAGACAUUGCCAAAACAGAGCACAAAAAUAAUUGAAGUAUUUGAGGAACCAAGCCAUUGGUCAGCUUCCCUGAAGGAGUGCUCUGAUUGGCUGAGAAAAUAUUUUGAAGAUGCUAGUUUGAUCAUGAACCUCCCCCUUCCUCCUCUGCAUAUUACAGAAUUUAAAUCAGACUCUUUCUCAUCUCAAGUUUGGAGGAAGCUUGCAUCCGAUGUCCGAGCAGGACAGACCGUGACCUACGGAGAGCUCGCCGCUAUGCUAGGCAAUCCUCAUGGUGCUAGGGCAGUGGGCGGGGCAAUGAGGCACAAUCCCACCCCAUUGGUGGUACCAUGUCACAGGGUACUGGGAAGCGGAGGUAAGCUGGGAGGCUUCAUGUCUGAUAAGGGGAUCGUCCUGAAGGAGUGGCUCUUGAAACAUGAAGGAGCUAGUUAUUGAGCGUAACUUCAUCGAAUUAUGAUAUUACAGAUGAUAAUAGCCUCGGUUCACCCAAACAUUAAGUUGAUUAAAUAGAGAUAAGAAUAAGCACAACCCUGAAAAUGUCAUCUAAUGCGGAUAUGAAGUAAUAUUUGAUAUUUUAACGUACAUGUAUGUAUUGCUGACUGGUAAAUAACAGCACAACAUGUGGUGGAUGCUGAAAAUGAAAGACCCAAUGAUGUUGUCUGCUGUUAUUUUUUUAAAAUAAAAUUCUGAAAUAUCAAAAUUAAACAUGGUCUUAUUCCUCCACGCUCAUAUGCCAAAUUAAAUGUAGAGCUUCUACAUCUUUAUGUCUACAAAAUUUUGUAUAUUUCUUUGAAAUAUCAUAACUUCUUAUUUUACAUCCAAUGUUGGAUGACAUUUCAUGUGUUUUGUUUGCAAAUGCUUUUGUGCACUACUUCUUACAAUGCAAACGUUUCUGUCUCUUUGAGUUUGGACAAAAUUUUGUCCUGUUCAGUUUUUAAUUUGACUAGGUGUAAAUAAAAAUGAAUGAUCUUCAAAAGUUAACUGAAAUAUUAAGUGUAGUUGAAGAGAGAAUUUCUGCCUCUGGACUUGUAUGUUCAUUUCUUUAAUAUUUCAAAUAUUCAAUUUGAAAACAGAUACUUUUACUGCUGAGCUACACGUAUGUUUUAUCAUUUGUUGCAAUGUGUGAGAGAAGUAGUACAAGAGAGAAGGAUCCAAUGCUCUCUUUUAUAUACAACUCCUGCCUUAUUCCUUGCUGAUAAUUUUGUGUAUAUGAUCAUUCGUUGGUGAUCUUUGAGUACAACUAUUAGUUCAACAUUAGAAUUUAUCAUUUUUUUUAAUCAGUACAACAUGACCUAUUUAAUUGUUUAUCAAAUUUGCAUGUUGUAAUUAAAAAUUAGUAAAGGAUUGCUCCCCUCUCACUCUCCUCCCCCGGGGGGGGGGGGG